GCCCCGCGCUACGCGUAGGGAGGCGGGGCCUCGGGGCGAGACGCCGGAGCUUGUCCCGGUCUGGCAGACUACUCUCCCCCAUGGCGGACUGCGCUGGGCCGUCUUCUGCCGGCCGCAAGGCCGGGGGUCGCCGCUGCUCUCGAAAAGCCGCAGGUACUAAACAGACAAGUACUUUGAAACAAGAAGAUGCUUCUAAAAGGAAAGCUGAACUAGAAGCAGCUGUGAGAAAGAAGAUUGAAUUUGAGAGAAAAGCUCUACAUAUUGUUGAACAGCUUUUAGAGGAGAAUAUUACAGAAGAGUUCCUAAUGGAGUGUGGGAGGUUCAUUACACCUGCUUACUACAGUGAUGUCGUGGAUGAACGUUCUACUGUCAAACUCUGUGGUUACCCUUUAUGUCAGAAGAAGCUGGGAAUUGUACCAAAACAGAAAUAUAAAAUUUCUACCAAAACCAAUAAAGUCUAUGAUAUUACUGAAAGAAAGUCUUUUUGCAGCAAUUUUUGUUAUCAAGCAUCUAAGUUUUUUGAAGCACAAAUUCCCAAAACUCCAGUAUGGGUUCGAGAAGAAGAGAGGCAUCCCGAUUUUCAACUGCUAAAGGAAGAACAAAGUGGCCAUUCUGGAGAAGAAGUACAGUUAUGCAGUAAAGCCAUUAAAACAUCAGAUAUCGACAAUCCUAGCCACUUUGAAAAGCAAUAUGAAUCUAGUUCUUCUAGCACUCACAGUGAUAGUAGCAGUGACAAUGAGCAAGACUUUGUUUCCUCCAUUCUACCAGGAAACAGACCAAAUUCAACAAAUAUUAGACCACAGCUGCACCAAAAAAGCAUAAUAAAAAAGAAAGCUGGUCACAAAGCUAACUCCAAACACAAAGACAAAGAACAGACAGUAGUAGAUGUCACUGAGCAGUUAGGCAAUUGCAAAUUAGAUAGUCAGGAGAAAGAUGCUACAUGUGAACUUCCUUUACAGAAAGUAAAUACUCAGAGUUCUUCAAAUAGCACUUUGCCUGAAAGAUUAAAAGCUUCAGAAAAUUCUGAAAGUGAAUACAGUAGGUCAGAAAUAACUCUAGUAGGCAUAAGUAAGAAAAGUGCAGAGCAUUUUAAGAGAAAAUUUGCCAAAUCAAACCAAGUGUCUAAGUCAGUGUCUAGUUCAGUGCAGGUGUGUCCUGAAGUUGGAAAGAGAAACUUACUUAAAGUUUUGAAGGAGACUUUGAUUGAGUGGAAGACAGAAGAAACAUUGAGGUUUUUGUAUGGCCAGAAUUAUGCUUCUGUGUGUCUGAAACCCGAAGCCUCUCUGGUUAAAGAAGAACUUGAUGAAGAUGACAUAAUCUCAGAUCCAGAUAGUCAUUUCCCUGCCUGGAGGGAAUCUCAGAACAGCUUGGAUGAGUCUUUACCUUUUAGGGGCUCAGGUACAGCCAUUAAACCACUGCCAAGUUACGAGAAUUUGAAAAAAGAAACUGAAAAGUUAAAUCUGAGGAUCAGGGAGUUUUACAGAGGACGGUAUGUUUUGGAUGAAGAAACCACCAAAUCACAAGACUCAGAAGAGCAUGAUUCCACCUUUCCACUGAUAGACUCAAGUUCCCAGAACCAGAUUAGAAAACGCAUCGUACUUGAAAAGUUGAGUAAAGUAUUGCCUGGGCUUCUGGUUCCUCUUCAGAUUACAUUGGGAGAUAUUUACACACAACUUAAAAAUCUUGUUCGAACUUUCAGGUUAACAAAUAGAAAUAUUAUACACAAACCUGCGGAAUGGACUUUAAUUGCUAUGGUGUUGCUGUCAUUUCUUCUGUGACCUCUGUCAGUAUACUUGAGCCUGUAACACAAGAGGUCACUGUGCUGACGGUGACCUAAAACUGAGAAAUACAGGGAAACGUCCAGACCAAAACUGGCAGCCAAAGAGAAGACAUAUAGAAGGCUAUCGAGAAGCAGCUUGACUGGCCCGAGUUCCUUUAUGUGCAACCUAUGUGCCAGAAGUGGGAAUCAGGUUUCCUCAAGAGUGUUUAUACUUAAAAUGUAACUUUUCCACCCAAAUUUAAUAUAAAAGCUUUGUAAAUAAGCCACUACUUUGUAUUCUGAUGGUCUAUGGUCAAUUGUAUCAUAGGAGUCAAAUGUCUCUUGGUGGCCAGGGAGAGAGGUGUGUGUUGUGUUCUGUGUGAAUUAUUUGGUUAUCCAAUGAAGGAGAUGAAUACUUUGUAUUACUCAGAAAGGAUAGAGGAUAAAGUGACUUGUAGUAGUCUAACAUGGAUACAUGCUAUUCCUAGUUCUAUGCCCUUGAUGUUCUCUAAUGGAAAGCUUUCAAGACCAUCUCCAAAAAUGUCUGCUUUCAUUUUAUUUAUCUGAACUGGCUGUUUCCAGUGAACUGUGGCCCGCUUCCUAGGCAGAGACCAUACAAUAGUUUAUUCUCUCUAAAAGCUUUGAGUAUUCCUGUCGUUCAGGGAGUAGCAUGUAAGUCCUGGGAAAUGGUAUUUAAACAAGCUCAACUUGACCAUGAUCGCUAAACAAAAGCCAUCACUGGACAUGGGCAGCCACUUUAGGUAACCAUCAUACAGAUAGAUACUCUGGAGAGUCACUUCCCUAGGGCUACCAGGCCUGAAUGGAAAGAUGUGACUAAGGCUUUUGCCUCAGCAGGCUGUUUUUUUUAAAGCCUGCCUAUCACUAAUUUCCUCAGAAAAAUCUGUGAACAUACCAUGAAAAACAAAGAGAUGGUUCCUUAGAAAUUUAUUGGUUACAAGUAUUCCCAACUCUUUCCCUUAACAGUCCAAAUUUAAUUUUAGGUAUCUGAGACCAUAUUUGAAGAUCAUUGAAAUUACUUUUUUAUAUUUCCUUACAACUAUGGAAUUUUUAUAUUUAACUGAGCUGUUUAAAGUUGAGAUAAAAUUAAUAUACAGUUCACCAUUUGUAUAUUUUAAAAUAUACAAAAUAUACAAUUCACUGGUUUUUAGUAUAUUCACUAUGUUGUACAACUAUCACCACUAUCUAAUUCCAGAACAUUUCUGUCACCCAAAAAAGAAACCUCCUAUCUAUUAGUUCAGUCCCAAUUUCCCUUCCUCCAGUCCUCUGGCAACCAUAAAUCCAUUCUCUUAUCUUGACAGAUUUACCUAUUUCUGAACUUUUCACAUAAAUGGAAUCAUAUGUGACCUUUUGUAUUUGGCUUCUUUCACUUAACGUGUUUUCAAGAUUCAUCCAUUUUGUAGCAUGUAACAGUACUUCAUUCCUUUUUAUGGCCAAAUAAUAUUCCAUUGUAUGGAUAUACCACAUUUGUUUAUUCAUCAGUUGACAAACAUUUGGGUUAUUUCCAUUUUUUGCUAUUUAAUGGAUAACAGUGCUAUAAACAUUCAUGUACAGAUUUUUUUGUGUGAGCAUAUGUUUUAUGUUCUCUUAGGUAUAUACCUAGGAGUAGAAUUGCUGGGUCAUAUGAUAACUCUGUUUAACCUUUUAAAGAACUGCCAAAGUGUUUUCCACAGUGGUUGUAUCAUUUUACAUUUCCACUAGCAAUGUAUGAGGGCUCCAAAGAUUGAACUUUACAAAUUAUCUCAUCUUGCUUCACACCCAGUAGUCAUUUUAAAGGCUUAUAUAUGCAGUUUCCCAAAAACUUAAAUAUGCCUAAUCUCAUUGAUUUUAGGUUUUCAUGCACAUGUAACAUCAAUUUCUUAUGUUUUAGGAAUUUCUACUAUACACGCAAAAUGAGUACUUUCAAGCUAAAAACAAAGGUUGUGGUGUUCAUAGUGUUCAAUUUGAAACCAUAUAAAUGUCUGAACAGUAGCUACUGGUAUUCUUUUGGAUUCCUCAGUAUCCAUAAAAUUCAUUUUUUGUUUCUUGCUUAUAUACAUCUUGAAUUUGUUAUCUUAUGAUAUUUACUAUCCUAUCACCUUUGUCAUUGUGAAGUUUAAAUAUUUACCUGUUUACUGAGGAUUAAGCAAUAAUUAGAUUAUUUCUAUACAUUCCCAUACUUAUUGCUGAGAGUUUAUGUAAGAAAAACAUAUUUUUAAAUUGAAAUAACUUUACCCUCAGCCAACAGAACUAUAUGGGAAUCUAGAUAGUUUCUAAAGAAAUAAUACUUGUUCAAAGUUUUAAUCAAAGCCAAUUUUCUACAAUAAUUUUCCCCACAGAAUUCCCUAUAUCUUUGGCAGUUUUAUAAUGCUACUCUUUUUUUUAUUCAUAAGUAGUUGUGUGUCUCCAACUUCAGGCCAUACUCCACAUUAAAAGUCACCAAGGAUCCUGAGCAAAAAGAUGUGCACUCCAACUUCACUAUCCCAAGCAGCAGCAGUGGUGGUGAUGACAGCAGUUAGCAGCAGUUGGCCCUUGCAAAUCACAGCCUUGAUUUUAGGAGCCAGUCCCUAGAUCUGCUAGUGCCAUCAUCACAUCUUGAUUGAGCUCCCUGAGAGCUAGGAAGCAUGAAGCUUAAGGGAACUGUUAACCCUAGCAUCGGGGUCUGCCACUAUAAGGGUGUGAUAAUCAUUGUGUGUGGAAGCCAUAGUUGAUUACAUUUCAAUCUUAGAGUAUUGAAAAAAAGCUGGACACUAUUCUGAGAGAAUUGUUACAAGGCAACAAUGAUAAAGAAAAGCUUUUCCAGCAUUCAUCUGCCAAGCUGUUCUAUAGAUCUGUCACAAACAGGAAUUAGAUAUAAAGUUGUAAAGUCACUGUAACCCAGCCCUUUAAACAAACCUAUGUGUAAUAUAUCACCACAAAGUGAGUUACAAAGAACUUUUUUCUUUUGAAUUAGAAAUAUCAGUGGAAAGCAUCCCUGCUUCCUUAUUAAUGGGUAAACCUAAAGCAUUAAAUGCAAACAUUAACAGGACAUAAACCAUCUGUUAUAAGAAAAACAUUUUAUUUUAUUUGGCUAUCAUAGUUUCUUAUAAUCAAAGUUUUUAUCUCUGUUUUCUAGAUAGUAGUUCUGAAAUGGAAAGUUCAUAGUGACAUACUUCUUAAUAGUAUAUUCUUCUUGUCUACUUUUUUUGUUUCUCUUAGAAGUCCUUUAAUGGUACUAACCUCACAUGCCUCUUGGUUUUUCAAAUUUGGGGACAUUAGCUUUGUGCCUAAAAUUAAAUAAAUGCAAUUUUAAUUUAUGUAAUUUAUUAUUAUUAUUAUUAUUAUUAUUAUUAUUAUUAUUAUUGAGACAGGUUCUCUGUCACCCAGGCUGGAGUGCAGUGGCACGAUCUCAGCUCAUUGCAAUCUCUGCCUUCCAGGCUCAAGCAAUCGUCCCACCUCAACCUCCCAAGUAGCUGGGACUAUAGGCACAUGCUACCAUACCCAGCUAAUUAUUAUUAUUAUUUUUUGUAGGGAUAGGGUUUGACCACAUUGCCUAGGCUGGUCUUGAGCUCAAGCAAUCCUCCCACCUUGUCCUUAUGUCAUUAAUUUUUAUUUAACAUUUUUUUUAAUAUAAUUAUUCUACCCCAUAGACUACCUUUAACUUUACAAGGGUCUCUUGAAACCCUAAACUCAGUCUCAUUCUGGAUAUAUCCUAUUUUUGUUCCUAACUAUCAGUGUAGCCUUGUACAAGUUACUUAACUUCAUUGACUAUUAUUGUUGGCAGUAUGAGGGAUUGGAGUAAAUCCAGGUUAAAUCAACUUGGUAGUACUAAUUCAAGUAUGAGGUGUAAAAAGUAAGAAACUGUUUUCAUGUGAUAUAUCAUCAAAGGCUUCUGAAAGAGAUAAAGAUGAGUAUAUUUAGCAUAGGAAACAAUUUAAUUUUGCAAAUGGAGUUCCAUGGUGACACUGUCCAAGUGUUAUACUUUGUUAGGUAUCUCCAUCAUAAGCUUGGCAGGGAAAUACUAGUCAGUCACUGUUUCUAUGGAAAGAUUUCAGAGUACUCAUUUAAGAAAAUGAGAGAAACACCCCCAAGAUGCCUUCUCUUUCUAGUGCAGACUUUAGUUGACAUUAUACAGGUUAAGUAUUAGAAAUCCAAAAUCCAAAAUGCUCCAAAAUCCGAAACUUUUUCAGCACCAACAUGAUGCUCAAAGGAAAUACUCAUUGGAGUGUUUCAGAUUUUGGAUUUUUGGAUUACGGAUGUUCAACCAGUAAGUAUAAUGCAAGUAUUCCAAAAUUCUAAAAAAUCCGAACUCCAAAACAGUUCUGGUCCCAAGCAUUUUAGAUAAGGGAUACUCAAACUAUAUUGCUCUUCAUAUCAAAGAUAUGGAACUUUUCCUCAAAUGCAAAAGGAGAACGUGGAGUGGUUUAGUAUCUGCACAUUAUAAUAAAGGUGGUAAAGAGCAAAAUGAAAUGUGUAAAUUAAUUUUUUAAAUGUUAAAAUAUGUUUUAAAACUGUUUUACUUACAGAAUCCUCACUCCAACUGUGGGCCUUUUUUUCCUCAUCCAAUUUAUUCUUUACAUUUUAUUUAUUUAUUUUUUAAUUUUUUUAGUAGAGACGGGGUUUCACCAUGUUGGCCAGGCUGGUCUCAACUCCUGGUUUCAAGUGAUCCACCUGCCUCAGCCUCCCAAAGUGCUAGGAUUACAGGUGUGAGCCACCAUGCCCAGCCUAUUAUUUAUAUUUUAUUCUGGGAAUAAGUAUCAACAAUGAAUAGAAAAGUCUAGAAAGUUAUUUUAUGUGAGAGUUUCUGAUUCUUCAAAUCACAUUUAAGGAAUUUUUUAGAAAAUAGCUCUGGAAUAACAUUUUCCUUUUUUUGUUUUUAUUUUUUGAGACAGAAUCUCUCUCUAUCACCCAGGCUGCAGUACAGGUGACCUGAUCUCGGCUUACUGCAACCUCCGCCUCCUGGGUUCAAGCAAUCCUCCUGCCUCAGCCUUCCAAGUAGUUGGGAUUAUAAGUGUGUGUCACCACUCCUGGCUAAUUGUUUUUUUUUUUUUUUUCUGUAUUUUUAGUAGAGAUGGGGUUUUGCCAUGUUGGCCAGACUGGUCUCGAACUCCUGGCCUCAAGUGAUCUGCCCACCUCAGCCUCCCGAAGUGCUGGGAUUACAGGCAUGAGCCACCACACCUGGCCCAU